GUGAAGAGACAGUUCUCUUAGCUGAACCGCAACGCAGCAUCUUCCGGCGGCAGCCAACGGCGAGGAUAUACUUCUCUACCUCUUUAUCCGGGUUUUGCGUAGGGAGCAUAGCAGGAAAUAGCAAUAGCAAUGAGUCGUAGCUUAGGAAUACCAGUGAAGCUUCUACACGAAGCCACAGGACACAUCGUGAGCGUAGAGCUGAAGAGCGGAGAGCUCUACAGAGGCAGCAUGGUUGAAUGCGAAGACAAUUGGAAUUGCCAGCUCGAGAACAUCACUUUCACAGCUAAGGAUGGCAAGGUAUCACAACUGGAGCAUGUUUUCAUUCGAGGAAGCAAAGUCAGGUUUAUGGUGAUUCCAGAUAUGCUUAAGAAUGCUCCAAUGUUCAAACGUCUAGAAGCUAGAAUCAAGGGCAAGGGUUCAGCACUUGGCGUUGGACGGGGACGUGCUGUGGCCAUGAGAGCCAGGGCUCAGGCUGCUGGUCGUGGAGCUCCACCUGGCAGGGGUGUUGUGCCACCUGUAAGGAGGUGAUCAUUCCAGAAUAUGAUUGUAAUCUUAAGAGCGUCAAAGCUCGUAUGUUAUGCAAGGGAGAUCAUCAAAGCCAUGUUCAGCAGCCCAGUUUGGUAUAGGAUAAUAUUCGGCCUUUGAGACCUUAAAAAUUAUGUACGCUUUUGAACUUGGCUAGUGCUCAUUUAGAGACGUGAAUGGUUUUCCAAUUUACGCUUCCGUUUUAGCUGAUUCUAAAAUUUGAUGUAAACCAAAUCGAUUGGCUGUCUGUUAGUAAUGUAGCGAAAGAAGUCAACGUGGGAAGUCGUAUUCCGCUGUAACGUGGAAAUAGCAAA